AAUUAAUUGCAAAAAUCGAAAAUUAUUGGGGGAGGGGAAGAAGGAAAGAAAGAAAACCCAGAGCAUGUCAGAGAGAGAGGGGGCGAUGGUUGGCCGCCCGGACACGAGAAACGACGAACGAGAAGAACUGGUUCACAUCUCUAGUUACUAUCUGCAGACAAGAAAGGGAAUUGAGCUUCAAUGGGGGAAGGGGAAGGGGAUUCAGGCGGCGACGACUCCUGCUCCUCAAACGCCGCCUCGAAGGGAUCCUUCAAUUGUUUCAGAUGAAGGAGGAGGCCCGUCGCCUGGCAUUUAUGGUCUAGAACCAGUAAGUAAGCUUGGAGGUUUGUCUUCCGCAAGGCGAAUCAACCUAGCAAUCUUGGAGUUGGGGUUUCCCGGGAUAAUGUGAAAGCUUCGAUCAUAUCCAUGAGUCGGGUAUUGAUAUCGAACCCGUAUUGCCAGCAUCAAGAAAGAAUAUAUUGAGGUCGACAGCCACCCGUUAGCUUAGGUCAUAGAGAUAUGUCAAGCAUUCGAUUCUAUCGACAUAAGAUCUUUUUCGAUCCUUAACGAUACUCUUCUAUGUUGGAUUCGGUAAUAGAAGAACGUCCAAGGAACUCAACAAGGGCUUCAUUUUUUUGGGUUUUAGAAAGUGAGAAUACAUGUAUUUUUCAUUUCUCCAA